CACACACAGGAAGCAGGUGGCCUUGUCACCAGCAGGGUGAUAUCCGCUAUUGCUUGCUUCUCUACUCCCCCACUGUUCCUCGGGACUUCUCUGGACCAAAGCCUUUUGCCAGCCCCCUUCUAGCCCCUACCCACCAUGGCCCCUUCAAGUGACAUCCUGUUCCUGCUUUUGCUCCCAGUGGCUGCGGCUCUGACAACCCCAGGUGAGAAAUCAGCACUCCUUCCCUUUUGCCAUGGCCCUUCAGGUUCCUGUUCCGGAUGUGGGCCCCCCUCCCUGCCGAUGCUGGUAGGCCUCAUGGCCGCCGAUUUGGUGGUGUCGCUGCUGAUCGUUGCGGUGGUGUUUGUGUGUGCUUGCCCCCGCCGCAGGCCCACCCAAGAGGACAAAAUCUACAUGAACAUGCCUGGCAGGGGCUGACCCCCUUGUAAGCGACACCUUUGACUUCUGACCCUCUCAUCCUGCAUUGUGUGUGGUGGCACAGGAUACCCACUCCCGACUUGGGUUGGAAUAAAGCAACUGAAAUACCUCUA